GCACGUAUUAUUAGUCUUUCUCUGACAACGUAAUUGUACAGUCUAAAGGUAUUGGGAUGUCGUAGCAGAUGUUUUAGGCUUAGCAACUCGCAGGUUCUUAAUGUCAUUCACGAGCCAAAUAGUAAACUAUCGCACUCAGUGAUGUUUUGAGAGCUGAUGUUAAUAUACUCCGUCUGUACAUAUACGUUUUUUUGUUUUGUGGGCAAUCGAUGAUUAUUCCUUUCUUACUGAUUGGGUUCAAUCAGUACUGUCUGUCUGGCCAUCCCACAUUACCUUGCAAUGUCCUCAAGUUUAAAUCGACCACCAUCAUGCUAGAUUGUGGAUUGGACACCACGUCUGUCCUCAACUUCUUGCCUCUUCCCCUCGUGCACAGCCCAAGACUCUCAAAGCUACCAGGUUGGAGCGCCAAAGACGGAACACUAAACUUGGAAAAGGAGCUGAAAGAGUGUGCAGGCAGAGUGUUUGUGGACUCACAGCCAGAGUUCUGUCUCCCCGAGAGAGAACUGCUGGAUUUGUCAACGAUCGAUGUCAUCCUGAUCUCCAAUUACCACUGCAUGAUGGCCCUGCCCUACAUCACAGAAAACACAGGCUUCACUGGCACAGUGUACGCCACAGAGCCCACCCUGCAGAUUGGAAGACUGCUGAUGGAAGAGCUGGUGAAGUUCAUGGAGAGAGUUCCCAAAGCUCAGUCUGCCACCUCCUGGAAGAAGAAGGAAAUACAAAGGUUGCUUCCUGGACCCCUAAAGGAUGCCACCGAUGUCUGGACGUGGAAACGAAGUUACGGAAUGCAGGAGGUCAAUUCUGCCCUCAGCAAAGUUCAGCUUGUGGGUUAUUCACAAAAAGUGGAGCUGUUUGGAGCUGUACAAAUCUCCCCGUUAAGCUCCGGCUACUCGUUGGGUAGCUCCAACUGGAUCAUCCAGUCUCAUCAUGAGAAAGUUUCUUACGUGUCCGGCUCGUCCCUCCUCACCACACACCCGCAGCCGAUGGACCAAAGCUCGCUGAAGAACAGUGAUGUUCUCAUUCUGACAGGUCUCACCCAGAUGCCCACUGCCAACCCAGACGGCAUGCUGGGAGAAUUCUGCAGCAAUCUAGCCAUGACAAUCCGUGCCGGAGGCAAUGUUCUUGUGCCGUGCUAUUCUUCUGGGGUGAUUUAUGACCUGCUAGAGUGUCUGUACCAGUUCAUCGACAGUGCCAACUUGGGUACUACCCCCUUCUACUUCAUCUCCCCUGUCGCCAACAGCUCCCUUGAGUUCUCGCAAAUCUUUGCUGAGUGGCUCUGUCACAACAAGCAGUCAAAGGUGUAUCUUCCGGAGCCUCCAUUCCCCCAUGCAGAGUUGAUCCAAAGCAACAAGCUGAAGCACUACCCCAGCAUUCAUGGUGACUUCAGCAGUGACUUCCGCCAACCAUGCGUGGUGUUCACUGGCCACCCCUCCCUGCGCUUCGGGGAUGUGGUCCACUUCAUGGAGCUGUGGGGCAAAUCCAGCCUGAACACCAUCAUCUUCACCGAACCUGACUUCUCCUACUUGGAUGCUUUGGCCCCCUACCAGCCGCUGGCCAUGAAGUGUGUUUACUGUCCCAUUGACACGCGUCUUAACUUCCACCAAGUUUCAAAGCUGCUCAAGGAGGUCCAGCCGGUGCAUGUGGUAUGUCCCGAGCAGUACACCCAGCCUCCAUUGACUCAGUCCCAUCGCUCCGAUCUGAUGCUGGAGCUGCAGCCCCCUCCCAUGGCCUACAGGCGCUGCUCCGUGCUCAGCCUGCCCUUCAGACGGCGUUACGAGCGCGUCUAUAUUCUACCCGAGAUUGCCAACUCCCUGGUGCCCUCUGAGAUCAAACCUGGCAUCUCCGUGGCAACCGUCUCGGCCAUGUUGCAUUCGAAAGACAACAAGCACACGCUGUUGUCAGUUCCAAAGCCGCCUCCUGCGCCGCCGACCAAGAAGAGGAAGCGAGUGAUGGAGGAGCCCCCAGUGGGUCAGGCGCCCAAACCGCUGCUCAGUGGAGCCGUACCCCUGGAAGCCUUUCUUGCACUUCUGCAAAAGAAUGGCAUCAUGGAGGUCAAAGUGGAGGAGACGGCAGAGGGACACAUCCUUCACCUGCAGGCGGAGGACACACUGAUUCAGCUGGAAGAGGACGGGACACACAUUGUGUGCGACAACAAUGAGCCGUUGCGCACGACACUGCGAGACCUGGUCCUGCGCUUCCUGCAGAAAAUCUGACCUGUUACUCAGGAAUGUGACACUCCUCUAGAAUGAAACCUACAUGGGCGAAAAUACCCCCUUAU